CCUGGCUGGCGUGGAAGUGCCUGGAUACUCAGGAAGAGCUACCAGCGUCUGGAGGCGGCCCCAGGGUGCAGGUGAGCCUCCGAACCAGGCAGCGGCGCGGGCGGUUGCAGGUGGGCAGAUCCCGAUCUGUGUGAAGGUGGAGCCCAGGACGCUGGCGGGCAGAUGGGAGGUGGAGGCGAAAGAAAGAGGCUGCAGGAGGAACCCAACGCUUCGGAGGAGCCUCAGAGUUUGAUUCUUUCCGUUGACAUGUUACUGGUGAAAGGUAUCUGAGUUACUGGCAGCGAAUCCUUACAGGUCUGCGGCAACCUCAAUUCUUGCCUCCUCAGAAGAAUUUGACCAAGGGACAUAAGCAGAAGGAGAAACUGAGGGAAUUGUCUUCUCUUGUCCACACUGGCCCUAGGCUUGGCCAGAUGUGUCUUGGCCGCCUGGACAUUGGCACAUGUGAGCAGAGCAGAGGAAAGUAUAAAAAGAGUCCCUGUAUUGGUGCCGCCGGAAGUUCUCCUGCCUGGGCUGGCCUUCCGGAGGAUGACAGAGCAGAGAUGAGUCAGUCAUCCCUGCCAAGACCCAAACGCUUGAGUGAGCUCAGCUGAUGCCUCAUGAGACACAGCAUGCUGACCCCAGCCGAAACGCCAACCACAGAAAUGCCAGCAAGUAAAAGGCUGCCUUUUGAAUCUGCUAAGUUUGGGAAAGUGUGUCACACAGCAAAAGGUCACUGAUAUAGAGGACACGAUGUUUGCACGAGGACUGAAGAGGAAAUGUGUUGGCCACGAGGAAGACGUGGAGGGAGCCCUGGCCGGCCUGAAGACCGUGUCCUCGUACAGCCUGCAGCGGCAGUCUCUCCUGGACAUGUCUCUGGUGAAGCUGCAGCUUUGCCACAUGCUUGUGGAGCCCAACCUGUGCCGCUCGGUCCUCAUCGCCAACACGGUCCGGCAGAUCCAAGAGGAGAUGACGCAGGAUGGGACGUGGCGCGCACUGGCACCCCAGGCUGCAGCGCGGGCGCCGCUCGACCGCUUGGUCUCCACGGAGAUCCUGUGCCGUGCAGCGUGGGAGCAGGAGGGGGCACAUCCUGCCCCUGGCUUGGGAGACGACCACACACAGGGCCCGGUUUCUGACCUUUGCCCAGUCACAGCACAGGCACCAAGGCACCCGCAGAGCAGUGCCUGGGAGAUGGAUGGUCCUCGAGAAAACAGAGAAAGCUUUCACAAGUCACUUGAUCAGAUAUUUGAAACGCUGGAGACUAAAAACCCCAGCUGCAUGGAGGAGCUGUUCUCAGACGUGGACAGCCCCUACUACGACCUGGACACAGUACUGACAGGCAUGAUGGGUGGUGCCAGGCCAGGCCCCUGUGAAGGGCUCGAGGGCUUGGCUCCGGCCACCCCGGGCCCCAGCUCCAGCUGCAAGUCUGACCUGGGUGAGCUGGACCACGUGGUGGAGAUCCUGGUGGAGACCUGAGCCGGAGCCCUGAGCGCUCGCAGCCGCCUCUGACGCAUUGACACGUGAGCGCUGGUUCCCACGGAGGGUGCGCCUGCUGCCAGCGGCCCAGCCUUGCUGCCCUGUCUGCUGAUUUUGAGAAAUCCCAGAACAGCCCAUUACCAGUGGGGUCUGCAGCCGCAGGCCCGUCCCACUCACUUCCCCCCUGUGGAGGGCCAGGCAGAGGCUGUUCUCCUGGAAGGCUUCUCGUCUCUGGGCCAGUUCUGACGUCCCCACAGCCCUGGGCCCCUCGUGUCUCUUUGUGUCCCCCACUGUAGAGGAUGGCGAGCCACAGCUGCAUCAACCUCCUUUACAUUUAGAUAGGUGAAUUUUUACAAUUCAGUUUUAUAUGUUUUGGGCAGUAUUUUGUCUUAAGAUAUAUUUUUUAAACUUUUUAUACCUUAUCUCUUUAGAUUUUUUCAGCUAUUUUCUUAAAAGUAUAUUUUUUCUAUAAACAUCCUUUGCUGCUACAUUAGAACUUUUAUAGCCUAAACAAUUGCAGUUGGUGUGUUUCAUUUUUUUUAAGGUUUAAAUAAGGGCUUUUUUUUUUUUUGCAGUGAGCAUCACUACAGUCUGAGUCAACAGUGUGAAUGUAUCAUGUUUUACUUUAAAUGUGUGUUUGGUAAUUAUGUUCUGUGUUAGUGAGACCUGGGUGAAAAUCAAGAACCACACACAGCUACACUUUUUUUGUCAUUAGAAAAUCUGUGGGAGCCACAUCUUCCUAGACUUAAGCGUAAAUUAUGGAGGAUUUUAUUUAUGUCUAUUUAUAUGUAAAUGUCAUUGAAGACAAAGGUCAAGUAUUUGUCUGUUUGGAGAUCACGGGCACCAGUUGGUCUUCAGGGACCUCAGACCCCUUGGUGGUGCCUUCUCAAGGCAGUGUUCUUGGAGGCUGCCGUCAGGGUCAGCCCAGGCACCUGCCCUGGGUGAGGAAAUAGCAUUGCUGCUGGAUGAGAAACGCCUGCGCUGCCAUUAGACUGGUGCCAAAACAAAAGGUUAAGGCUAGGUUGAAGUCUAGAAUGAAAGAAAUCUGAAUCCAUGUCAUUCAUAGCCCCUUGAUCUGUAGGGUCAUGGGUGCUGCCGCAGGCAGGGAGUGAGCUGGGGGUGCCUGCAGCCUUCCACUCCUGCCCCGCCUCACCCCACAUGCUCCCUGUUUCUCAUGCUUUCUCUAACUUCCUCACCCCUUAACCAAAAAGGUGUGUUUUUCUUUUGUGCAUAUAGCCAUUCUUAAAUAUCAGUGAUGUAAACCUCACUUUAUUAAAAAAUUAUCCAGCAAACAAAA